UCCGGGAGAAUAUAAUUUCCACGAUUGAGAAUUGAAUGGAGGAGAAAAAAGUUGUUUUGUUGCCCUCGCGGUGUCAAACUAUUGAGUAAUAGUGAAAGCCGGCUGGCAAAAAGUGCGCGGGCUAAUCUAAUGGGGCUAAAUGGGAUGACUUUAGGCGGGCAAUGGAGAGCAGAGAGAACUCUGGGAAGUGCAUCCACAUGAUGAUCAUGGGCAAAGUUCACAACUCCAUGUCUCACUCGAUUGCUGAGCAACCAAUUUCUCCAUUGGCUGGUGGCCAGAUAAAGCGACGCAACUCCGGACUGCCGAGGAUGGAGGCUGUGGCGAGAAUUGGGAGCAUUCCCAUUGUUGAGACGAGCCUCAAGACGGCCGAGACAGUGUAUUCGCGCAUCAAGAGGAGCAACACACUCUUCAACUGGUACUUCAGCACCGCCGAGGCCACGCUCUGGGCCGCCGUGGACUCCUUCAAGCCGGCUGUGAGACUGGUGGAGGGACCCCUGAAUAAGAUCGACAAUCUCAUGUGCAUGAGCCUCGAUAUUGUGGAACAGAGAGUGCCCAUCGUUUAUCUUCCACCCCAAGUGGUUUACUACAACACCAAAGAGUACAUGUCCGAUCACUUAGUGCGUCCUGUGCUGCGACGAGCCAAUUCGGUGAAGGAGUUCGGUCACUCCAUGAUGGACAGCAAGGUGUCCAAUUACGCGGCGGAUAGAAUUGACGGCGCCAUUCAUGCGGCGGACAAGUACGUGGAGCGCUUCCUUCCGGAACAGAAUGGCCAAGACGAAGUUGACUUGGAUAACAACAAGAAUGCGGAGGAUGACAGCAAGGAGAUCCACGUGAUCCAGACAAUUCAUCGCGGCCAGCGAUUCUCCAGGAAGCUGAAGCGUCGCCUGACCAAGAGGACAAUCAUGGAGGCGCGCGCGCUGAAGAAGCAGAGCGUCGAGGCGAUUCACAUUCUCGUGUAUGCGGCAGAGUUGAUUGUCACCGAUCCCAAGCAGGCGGUGCAGCGCGCCAAGGAACUCUGGGCGUACCUGAGUGAGAACGAGCCGGAGAAUCAGGCGCGCCCGGAGACGCUGGAGCAGGUGCUGGUGCUGAUUACGCGCGAGACAGCACGUCGCAUUGUGCAUUUUAUCAACUUCACCGUGAACACGGUGAACAAGCUGCCCAAGACGGCCAAAUCGAAGGCCACGGACAUGAUUCAUCACUUUAUCUACAUCACGGACUCGCUCAUCCGCAUGGCGCGCCUGGAGAAGGUGAAGGUGAGACUGGUGAGGGGCGCCGAGGGGAUGUACAAGAGGGUGCACAGUGUCUAUGACGCCAUCCAGCGCUAUGCCACGAAUGCUCUGGAGCGUCUGGCCAUUUUCCUCUCUGGACGCCUCGAGGCGGAGAAGAUCACUUCGAGUCCGCGACGCCGAAUCCAGGCGGGCAGCAAUAAUAAUCAAAUGCAUAACAACAUCAAUGGAGUCUAUUAGCGCCGCGACCACGGCGCUCCUCCUCUAUUCCCUUCUACUACUAACCUUCCUCCAUCUGCAAUGGCACUUCGCCAAGGUGACCAUCGUCGCUGUGUGACUAACAAGCCACUCUUUU